AUGUCUACAAACGACCAAAUCCUCACUCAAAUCCAGACCUCAAAAGGCCUCUGCGUCUCCCCAACCUGGCUCAACAAAUUCCUAGCCUCAUCCCCCAACAUCCCCGCGCCAGUACUCAUUAAAACAGCUCUAUUCCGCGUCCUCGCCUCUGAUAUCCGUGAAUCACUCUCCACAAACCCAACAUCCAUUUUACCAGUCGAUAUUUCCAAUCCAAACAUUCGAGAAAGCAGACUCCAAGGUACAAUUCCAGUGCAAGUUCUCGAUAUCGAAGAUAUAGGUUCUAGUCUCUGGAGCCAGGUUGAAGCGAUUGAACGCGUGGAACGCGGCGAGGCGAUUCGCGGUCGCGAGAUUGUGCGUACGAUUUCUGUAGGCGAGGAUCAGGAGGCAGCGGAGAAUGGUUCAACGGCGGGUGCAGCGGGGAAUUCAAAUUCGAAUUCGAAUGCAAAUCCAAACGCGUCGGGGAGUAGUGGCGCGGGACCGCAUAGAUUGAUUCUUCAGGAUGCGGCGGGUACGAAGGCUCUUGGGAUUGAGAUGCAGAGGAUUGAAGGUGUUACGUUGGAAAAGCUGUCUAUUGGAGCGAAGUUGAUGCUUCGUGGAGCGACGGUUGCACGGGGUAUGAUUCUUUUGGACCCUGGGUGUACGACUUUGCUUGGGGGGAGGAUUGAUUCGUUGGAUAGACCGUGGAAGGAUGGGAGAAAAGCGAGGUUAUUGAGGACAAUUGAUGCUAUGGGAGAUGAGGCACCUACUAGUGGGAGUGGAAGAGGAAGAUGA